GGAGAUGACCAGAGACUGCAGACAGUACAGGGGAUGACCAGAGACUGUGGACAUACUACGGGAGAUGACCAGAGACUGCAGACAUAGUACAGGAGAUGACCAAAGACUGCGGACAUACUACAGAAGAUGACCAGGGACUGCGGACACAGUACAGGGGAUGAGCAGAGACUGCAGAAAGUACAGGGGAUGACCAAGAGACUUCAGACAGUACAGGGGAUGACCAAGAGACUGCAGACAGUACAGGAGAUGACCAGAGACUGCGGACACAGUACAGGAGAUGACCAGAGACUGCGAACACAGUACAGGGGAUGACCAAAGACUGCAGACAUAGUACAGGAGAUGACCAGGGACUGUGGACACAGUACAGGAGAUGACCAGAAACUGCGGACACAGUACAGGGGAUGACCAGAGACUGCAGACAGUACAGGAGAUGACCAGAGACUGCGAACACAGUACAGG